CUUCAUCCGCACUAAUUGGCUGCCUGUUGUUCUUAAACUGCUCCAUCUAGUGGCCGAUCGGCUGAACGAGACGUCUGGACGCAACCGCUUUCAUUUCCCCAUUUAUUAAAUUAUUUUUUUUUGUCACCGUGAGAAAUAAAGUGCCAGUGGAGAGCAGGGACAUCAGGAGCUCCGCGGCACUCGCAGCAGCGGAUCGCCGGAGCCGGAGCGCUUUGCUUUCACUCUCUGUGGCGAGAAGUUGAGCGCGACACGCCGCUGACCUGCGAGCCUCCUCCGGGGAAACUGUGCAUUUGAGUCGCUUAACGAGCGUCAGUUUUCAUUUCUUCACCGCUCAUCAUUUGUUGCUGUCGUGGCUACGCUGUCCAGCAGUCCGAGAGAGUGCAACCCAGCGCGCGGAUAGAGAAAGAGCACGAGGAUCACAGAUGGACAGGCUCACACCUGAGAUGUGAAUUGUGUUAUGUGAGCCAAGGUGUUUUCCCACCUCGCUGGUGGUGGGGAGAGAUGCUGCACUACGUUGCCAUGACAGCAGAAGUUUUCUUUGUUCUCGGGUUCCUGAUGAGCGGCAGCCAGUGUAAUCCUAUUGCGACCUUACCAGCAAGCCGAGAACGUUUAGAAAGGGUGUUGACCCAAGCAAGAGAGGAGAAACAUCAGGACGAGCAGGCCCCCAAGGAGCUGCUGGAGUACAGCUCACAGCAACGGCAGGAGGAAAUUAAUGGCUUGGGCCCCAAUAGGACCGCUACCAGCCGCACCAGGCCCAACCUCAAUGCCCAGACACGAAACUCUAAGGGCGGAAAGUCUCAGGAACUGUGGAGCGAACCAGACAGCCUGAACCAAAUAGACGAGGGGCCAACAAGUGAUGUCACGCUGUCCCUGGACGCCAUCGACGAGUACGCCUACCCAGACUACAGGGGAAAAGGGUGCAUGGAUGAGAGCGGCUUUGUGUUUGCCAUCGGGGAGCAGUUCACACCGGGACCCUCAACAUGCCCUUGCCUCUGCACAGAUGAGGGCCCCAUGUGCUCCAAGCCAGAAUGCCCCAAGGUCCAUCCUCGCUGCAUCAAAGUGGACACUAGCCAAUGCUGCCCGCAGUGCAAGGAGAAAAAGAACUACUGCGAGUUCCGGGGCAAGAUCUACACCUCUCUGGAAGAGUUUAAGGUAUCUCCAUGUGAGAAGUGUCGCUGUGAGCCAAGUGGAGAGGUGCUGUGCUCUGUAUCUGCCUGCCCUCAGACGGAGUGUGUGGAUCCAGAGUAUGAGCCGGAUCAGUGCUGUCCCAUCUGCAAGAGUGGACCAAAUUGCUACGCGGACACGGCGGUGAUACCGGCCGGUCGAGAGGUGAAGAUUGAUGAGUGCACAAUCUGCUACUGCACAUACGAGGAGGGGACGUGGCAGAUCGAGCGUCAGGCCACCUGCAGUAAGAACGAGUGCCAGCGGAGCUAGAGACUGGCAGGGCGAGAGAGAGGGGACAUUGGCACACCACACCAGCGCCAAUCUGCAUGUAAACUCUCUGGCCUUUGACCAGGUCUACCGGACAUCAGGGUGGACGGCAGCCCUCCAGCAUUUCAGCGUUUGUAGUCACUCCUGUAUUACAGACAAAAAAAAAAUACUUUUUCAAAGUUUAUAAUCCACACACAGAAUAUCUAUUUAUCUAUGUAUUAUAUUAUUUAUGAACAUAUAUACAAAUAUAGGAGUCAUUAUUGCUGAGCUAGUAAAAAGUAUUUUUUAUAACCUCUGUAUUUUAAUAAGCAAUGUAUUGGACCAGAGGUCGAUUAUUCAACAGAAUGUAGACCACACACAGCUGUCUUUGAGGUGUUUGCCUCUGCGUCUCAAACUCGUGGUGUCAUCUGACAAAUCCUGACACCCGUCCCUCUAACACCAAAGUGCAGACUAGACCAUUUAGGAAUAAUGCGUAGAAUUAAACGUGCUGGCAGAUAGCGCAGAAUCACUGAGAAAAAAACAGAAUUAAAGAGGACUCGACUGUUUCCUGCUUCCUUUUAUCGUUGGAUGUUGACGUGUUUUAAUUUGAAAGUGCUUUUUUGUAUUUCUCUUGGUACUGUAAGUUUAUGUUUCAAAUAAAAGCCAAUCUGUGCUCUGUUAA